AUGGCUUCAUUCAUCACCACCAUGUCUGUCCCCGCUACCCCUCCUAUUGCUCAUGUUCCUUGCCCUGGAGAGAGUGCCUCUCACUGCUCGCAAUCCAAGUCCCCUUCUACCAGCCCUACCCUGUAUCAGACCACUCGCUUUUCUUAUGUCCCCUUCUUGGAGCCUCCCUCAUACCUGUCACCCGCGGUGCGCGCACUCAAACAAGGCUGUCUUGGACUAACACCUCCCAGUAAUGCCCGCACCCGCGCUCCCUUCAAGCCCCGCUCGGCCGCGAAGGGCACGAGUAGCUACCAGCUACGACAAUUCGCGGAAGCCACACUUGGAAGCGGAAGCUUGCGCAAGGCCGUCAGGUUGCCCGAAGGCGAGGACUUGAAUGAAUGGCUCGCCGUGAAUAUUGUCGACUUCUACAACCAGAUCAACCUUCUUUACGGCUCAAUAACUGAGUUCUGCUCGCCGCAGACAUGUCCCGAGAUGAAGGCCACAGAUGAGUUCGAGUACCUCUGGCAAGACUCGGAGAACUACAAGCGCCCGACCAAGAUGUCUGCCCCGGAAUAUAUCGAACACUUGAUGUCCUGGGUCCAGGGUAACGUCGACAACGAACAGAUGUUCCCUAGUCGAAUUGGUAUGAUUCCCUCGCCGUCUCAUGGUCUAGUCCCAUUGCUUACCUAUCUGUUUGUUAAAGGCGUUCCAUUCCCCAAGACCUUCCCCAGCCUUCUUCGCCAGAUCUUCAAGCGUUUAUAUCGCGUCUACGCUCACAUCUACUGCCAUCAUUACCCCGUAGUGGUGCACCUCGGUCUCGAACCUCACCUCAACACCAGCUUCAAGCACUAUGUCUUGUUCAUUGACGAGCACAAAUUGGCCAGCGGAAAGGAUUUCUGGGGUCCGCUGGGUGAUCUGGUGGAUAGUAUGUUGCGCAGUGACUAA